AGUAUUUGCUAAACUCAAAGACGAAACUUCUGCGUUGGGGUUGAAAUGUCAAGUUUACGAACUUUGUUGGCGGCUCUAUUCAUCUUUGCAGUAGCAUUUGAUCCAAGUGCAGUUAAUGCCAAAUUCUCCAACAGCAUGUAUUUCUACUGGGGUGCCCAUCAUUCGGCAAUACUGGGAAAUGGCGACGAUCUUCAACUUGUGUUGGAUCAAACUUCUGGCUCUGGUAUUAAAUCAAAGCGUCCAUUCCUAUUUGGAAGCAUUCAAAUGUUAAUCAAGCUGGUGCCUGGGAACUCAGCCGGAACUGUCACAGCCUACUACAUAUCCUCUUCUGGAGACAGACAUGACGAAAUAGACUUCGAGUUCUUAGGGAAUGCAUCGGGACAGCCAUACACCAUCCACACAAACAUCUACACUCAAGGAAAUGGAAGCAGGGAGCAGCAAUUCCGCCCCUGGUUUGACCCAACUGCUGAUUUCCAUAACUACACUAUACAUUGGAAUCCUACUGAAGUUGUGUGGUAUGUUGAUAGUGUGCCAAUUCGCGUAUUCCGCAACUACGAAAAUGAAGGGAUUGCUUACCCAAACAAACAGGGCAUGAGGGUUUACUCCAGCUUGUGGAAUGCUGAUAUCUGGGCAACUCAAGGUGGGCGAGUUAAGAUUGAUUGGAAAGUUGCACCAUUCAUAGCAAGAUACCGCAGUUUUAGGGCAAGGGCUUGCAAGUGGAAGGGAACAGUUAGCAUCAGUCAAUGUGCUUCCAACACCGCAGCUAACUGGUGGACAUCCCCCACCUAUAGCAAGUUGAGCAAUGCCAAAUUCGGACAGUUGACGUGGGUCAGAGAUAACUACAUGAUCUACGACUACUGCAAAGACACUAAGAGGUUCAAUGGAAAAACACCACCGGAAUGUUUUAAGCCACAGUUCUAAAAAUAAAUAUCCCGGCAACUCCAGUUACUUUUCCUGCCAUCAGCAUUCAAUGGAAAAAUAAAUUUUGCUUCGCUCUUUUUGCUUUGAAGUCGUUGAUUUUUCUUCUUUUUUCUUCUUGGCCUUUAUGUUUCAUGAUGCUGCUACCAAUUUCAUUGUUUCCGUUCAAUUCAAUUAAAAGUAAUAAUUGAUUUGAACAAUUAUUCCCAGAUAUGCAAUGUAUAUGAUAUAAAGUUUGAUUUUAAUUGCAGAUUGUGAAGAUUUUAAAACA